UCGUCGUUGAUAAACACUCGCUGAAUUUUAAAGCAUCGUGCAAAGAGGUGGGCAGUUGUGUUGUAAAUUAUAGUUUAUUUUUAUUAAAAUGGAUUACCGUGUGUGUGUUUUUGUGUUUAUUGGAUUGAGUGCGUCUUUGGGGCAAGAAGAAGAAGUGAUACCACUAAGUGCAGCCCCAGUGGAGGUCACACCAGUGGUGUGCUCGGUCUGCGAGUGUGCUGGGACUGUCAUUGACUGCUCCAGCAGGGGCCUAAAGGAGACUCUUAGUCAGGAAGCGUGGGCAGGAAUGAAAUCCUUAAAUGUUACUGAAAUCAACCUAAGUGGUAACUACAUAGAAACUCUUGCUCAAGUUCAAAUUGAGCUCCCUAUAGAAGUGUUCAAUAGCUCCAAUAGCAAUAUCGAAAGGGUGGACGAUAGAUGCUUCAAAUACUUACCGAAUCUCACCACCAUUGAUUUAAGUGGGAACAAGCUGACGAGUAUUGAUCAAGGUGUCUUACAGGGCCUGUUAAUCGCAGAAGAGCACAGGGUCAGGGUCUUCAAGAAAAUGAGAUAUUUAAAUCUAGCGGACAAUGAGCUCCAUACACUACCGAAGGAUGCGUUCUACUUCAUGCAAGAGCUGACUUUUUUGGAUCUGAGCGGGAAUCCCCUGGGUAUUAUUGACCAGGUUGUGAUGGGAGCGUUGAGCGAUUUGACGCUUUUGAAGGAGUUUCGCCUCAGAGGCUGUGAGCUAGAGACGCUCCCUGCGGGUCUCCUGCGAAGGCAGCGCCGCCUAGAGCGUCUGGACAUCAGCGACAAUAUGUUCAAGACCGUGCCUGACGCGUUGGCUGAAGCCACCAACCUCAUCUACUUGGAUUUUGACAAGAAUUCCUUGACGGAAAUCAGUGAACAGACUGCAAUAUCCAAGCUGACCAAACUGCAAGAGCUUCGGAUAUGCCGUAAUACGAAGCUACGGUCUAUCGGUGUGAACGCACUAGGAGGUCUGGAGAGCCUGGUCACCCUGUGGAUAUGUAACAACCCUCGACUCAGCGUGAUCGAUGACGACUUCCUUACCUGGGAAGACGACGAGGAUGUUGAGAGACGACCUUCUUUGAAAGAGCUAUACCUGUACAACAACAACAUCACAGAGAUCGACUCUGACUUCCUAUUCAGAUGGGAUCAGCUCCAGAAGAUGGACUUCAGCGAUAACCCUUACACCUGCGACUGUCAUACCCAGUGGAUGGUGGAUGUACUGGUCCCGUUCAUCAUCAACAAUGGCGGCUCAGCUGGUGAUAUGAUUUGUAAUAAGCCACAAGAGCUUCGGGGCCUGUCAUUCGCUCAUCUCCACCAGAACAGUAAAACCCUCACGUGCGUGGAGUCAGAGAACAUAGCGACCACGGCUGGGCCUGCUGACAUAGCCAUCAUAUUGGGAGUCAUGAUCGGUAAGUGUUCAUCAACAUCAUCAUCAUCAUCUCAGCCAUAGGACGUCCACUGCUGAACAUAG